AUGGCCCCAGAUGCGCGAAGCCACAGCACUAGGUCUCUGCGCUCUGGAAAAAAGAACACGAGGACUAAGUAUCUCAACGAUCUGCCACCCGAAACUGUACAAGCCAUAGCUCGACUCGCAAGCGAUGCUAAAGACAAUGAAGCCCUUGCUCCUCGGCGUCAAAAGACCCCCAAGGGUUCGCCAAAGCGUGGUUCGCCUGUGAUUAAGAACAAGGCCACAAAAUGCGAUAAAAGACUUCAACCACUCAAGACAACUGGUCCCAAAUCGACACCAUCUGAAUCCCCUCUCACUAGAGUCGGCACAAUCAAGGCCAAGAUUGCUACCGAGCAUGCGUACACCAAGAUACUCACCGAAGAGCGACGGAGUCUGUGGGAUGAAAUGGAGUCACAUGAGGCUCUCAUUCGGGAACACCAAAUCAAAAUUGCUGAUGGUGAGGAGGAGGAUGACUUGAUCAAUAAGAGACUUCAAGUCUGUGAGAUGCUAGAGAACAAACUUGGCGAUAUAUGCAAGCGCCUAUGGACUCUCGGGGGACAGUUGGAUGAGAGCGCGGCCAAAGCUACAGAAUACUUGACUGAGCUGGUACAAGAUGAGAAGUAA